AUGCAUCGUAAUAUCGGUCAGUUGGAGAUCGGAGGGACAGUGCACGUUAACGGCCAAGUAAUUGGGAAGUCUAUUCGUCUCAUAUCGGCGUACGUGCAGCAGGACGACCUUUUCUUUGGAUCGUUGACGGUCAGGGAGCAUUUAUGGUUUCAGGUAAUCGACAGUCGUGGCCAUCUACUUCUUAAAGGAACGAUUUAUAUUUGCAGUGGGCGUUUGAAGGGCAUUUCGGGUGGUGAAAGGAAAAGGCUGGCGUUCGCUUCAGAGGUCCUAACCAACCCACCGGUUCUGUUUUGCGAUGAGCCGACGUCCGGUUUGGAUUCGUCCAUAGCGCAGAACGUCGUGCAUAUGCUGAAGCAGAUCGCCGAACUGGGAAAAACUGUGGUAUGCACGAUCCACCAACCGUCCUCUCAGGUGCACCAAGUCUUUUGGCACAAUGCUACAGGCGAAAUAUGCUUCUUGGGUCCAAGCCGUCACGCAAUGUCAACACGCUCCCCCUGUCCACGAAACUUCAAUCCGGCAGACCAUUACAUUCGUACAUUGGCCAUAUUACCUGAAAAGCAGGAUGAAUGUCGGACGAAACUAAGGUUUUACGUUCUCUUUUGGCGAGCGACGCUUCACAGUAUUCGCGAACCUCAGAUUAUGAAAAUGCGGCUGUACCAAAAUAUAGUGAUUGCAAUUCUCCUCGGUCUCGUGUACCUGAACACCGUGGUAAACAAAAAUACCAUCCAAAAUAUCAACGGUGUCUUGUUCGUGUUCGUCAGCAACAUGGUAUUUAGUUUCGCCUUCAGCGUAGUGUUUUGUCAAGAACUUCCAAUAUUUUGGCGAGAGCACCUGAGUCACACGUACCGGGUCGACACCUAUUACUUGGCUAAGUCAAUGAGUGAAUUUCCUCACUAUAUCGUUUUCGCUUUCGUCUUUACAUCGAUACUCUAUUGGAUGGCAGCACUGUAUCCAAGCGCCUCCGCGUUCUUCAUCGCUGCAGGAAUCAACAUUUUAUGCGCACAUUGCGCAGUUUCUUUAGGUAAGUUGUGUUUAUUUAUAAAUCGACCUCAACAACAGUGCAUGAAGUUAUUACGGUUUUGUACACACAACGGACUGCCCAUUAUGAACACGUUCUUCGAGCAUCGAAAUGUAUAUAGCUAUUCUUGA